ACACCCACCCGGGGGCUGCGAUGCGAACCGCGCAGCUCAUGUCUCCUCAGCUGUUGGAAAUACCGACGGUGUUGAAUAACCGGCUCAGUGGCACAUGGCUCUCAGGUUACCGCAUCUUUAUUUGAAUGGUGGGAUGCUGCUUGUGGAGCGAUCGUCCCGGUGUUAGUGCAGAGCGCUUCGGAGCGUCCCCUCCAUCUCUGCAGUGAACCCCGACGAGAAGUAAGGAGGUUCCUCUUCAAAUGCCAAGCGAGGAGGCACGGCUGAGCCCGUAAACGGAGAGGAGCAGACGGAGGAGUGUGGCACAGACCCCAUGGAAGGACUCGUCCUGGAGCCCAAAGCUGAGCGGAUCGCUCGUUACAAGGCGGAGCGGAGGAGGCAGCUUGCGGAGCGCUACGGUCUCCCAGAGGAGCUGCCCCCCAAACAUGUGAGGAGGGAGACCGGGGAGGUUCCGGAACCCAACGGGGACAGCUCGGGCAGCACCCUGGAUGUUCCAGAAGGGAACGGUUGUCAUCAGGCUGACUCGUCUCCGUCAGAUCUUCCUUGUCCAAAUGCUUCCGCAGGACGUGCGCCGGGCAGGCUGCUGUCCCACAGUCCUGCCAGUGUACAUGGCGGAGGGCACCCAUCUCCAGACACGGCGACCGGCCCAGCUUCCGGCGCUCCGCAGUUGCGGACCCGCGUGUCGGUGGGCCAGCUGAAGAGUGCUCUUCUCCAGCGGACGUGUGGCGGGACCCCUGCCGAGAAGGCUGUAGGUGACGGGUGUGUGGCAUCGACCCUCGACUUGGCAGUAAAGCCAGGUUCCGAAGGUCGUCAGCGGCCCCGGCGGUACCUCCCGAGUGGUGCCGCUGGGGGCCGCAAGACGAACGAGCGCUUCCGGACCCAACCGAUCACGGCCAGCGAGAUGGAGGAGAGCAGCGGGAUGAAUGAAGCCGAGAAGUCAGCAGUUGACGUGAAAACUGACGACAGAGCCGAAAUGAGCGUUGCUGCCAAGAUGUCUCUGUUUAAAGAGCUGGAGAAGCAUGCCAGCCCUGAGAUCUCUUCCUUCCUCAGGCCUCGCUCAGGCGCAGGGGUUCAGGACCGCCGGGCCCGUCGGACUGCUGACCAGCGAGCCCUCACUCAGCCGGUGACCGGCGAGGAAAUGGUGGUGGCCGCCAGUCAACCCCGGUCCACUACGGCAGGCGAGAGCGUGGAUUUGGUCCUAGUGGGAGCGAAGCCCGAGGAGGAAGACGAAAGCUCCAAGUUGACCCUCGGCGAGAAACUGGCCCUUUUCACUAAGCUGGCCCAGCCGGACGGCAAGGCCGGCGUCCCGCACGAGGCAGCAGAUAAGCGCCGUCAGAAGGGGGCACGCUAUCGUACCCAGCCCAUCACUCUGGACGAGGUCGACCUGUUCCAGAAGAGCCCCAUUAAGCUGCCCCCGCUGCACCUGUCCGCCCAGCUCCACGACAGGCAGCAGGCGCUGUCCGUCAACCUGCGGCCCAGUGAAGUGCGUGAGACCCAGUCCCCGCCCAGCAAGGAGCCUGACGAGUCCUGCCCCCUCGGGACCCCGUUGCAGCCGCUGAACUGCGAGCCGAGAGAAAUCAAAGGUAUCUUGAAGAAGGGUGAACUCCACAAAGGUGUGAAGGUGGUGCCUGAGGACAAGCAGUCGGAAGAAGGAGACGGAGCGAACCGAGAGGCGGGAAGGGAUGCGAAGCCAGGAACGGUGGCAGAGGAGAAUGGGAUCAACCACCUCGAAACUCCCACGGUGCUCGGGGAGGACGUCAAGGGAUUGGUGAGCGGAAGCCGCGGCCUGCACGGCGCCCCCUGGCGGCGCAGGAGAAGGAGCGGCCCGUCCAUCCUCGGGGAGGACCCCUCGUCCGAGCCGGGCAGACCUCCGCGAGGGGAACGCCUCAAGGAGGGAAGGGAGGCGGGCGGCGGUACGGAAGGCAGCGUGAGCUCUCCUGCGGGAGACAGGCUGGCAGAGCAGUGUGACGGCAAGGGACAGCAGAGCGGCAUGCUGGAAAAGGAGCCGGUUGAGGAGCCUCUGAACCGCUGCCGCGAGGUGCGGGACUCCGAGAAGACUUGGAGGAACAAGGCCGAGGAUGACAUUUCCCACGAUGCCGCUGUCUGCACCCUGUGCUGGGAACCUGUGCUCUCCUCUGUCUUUGCACCUGUUAACAGUGCCUCCCACUAUGUUAUCUCUUACAAUCAGACCACUUUUUCCUACGAGGCUCAGGAGGUCUCCUCUCCAACGCAGAGCAACUCCCAGACCCCGUGGAGGCAGAAGGAUCCCUGGACGGAGCCAGAGACUCGGGUGCAGAUGGAGGGAGAGACGAAAUCGCUGGCGGAGCACAUCCACAGCCUGCAGGAGCAGGAGGAGCAGCAGAAGGUUGAAUGGGAGGGGGCCGUCCAUGACUCUUCGCAGUUUGGGGUCUCUGGCCAUGUAGCAAAAAGAGAAGUCUGCAAGCAGAAUGAUGCGGAGGUCCAAGCGGAGAGAAACCUUAAUAAGAUCGAGUCGUUUUUGGACAACCUGGAGAGCAAAGGCCCUUCGGUGAAGGUGACCUCCGAGCUCUCGAGGGAGAUGACAACCUCGGGCAGCGAGGGGACCUUUGGAUGCUUUUACACAGCUGUAACCUCCUCUCUGGUCACCUCCAGCAUCUCUGUGGACAUCGAGCAGGACUUGGGCACCAUCUUCCAGGCCAGCGCACCUAAGCUGACGUCAGCGGUGGCAGAGCACAGGCGCUCGGUGCGUCCGGCCCGGAAGGUCCAGGGGUCUCGUAACCCCCUGCGGGCGCUGGCGGCGCGGGAUGACCUCCGGCAGGAUUAUGUGGAGCAACAGCCACGUGCGGAGAGAACGGGGUUAGAGCAGGAGAACACGCUGUCCGAGCAGUGGAACACGGCGGAUGGUACUCCGAAGGACUCUUGCCACCUGAGCAACAACAGCGCCCUGCCCUUCAGCGACCUCAUGCUCAUUCACGUUAAAGGUCAGCGCUGCGUCCAGGUGCGUUUGGUGGAGCCGGCGGCGCGCUCGCUGAACGGCGGCGACUGCUUCCUGCUCGUCACGCCGGGACUCUGCUGCGUGUGGAACGGCGAGUUUGCAAGCGCCGCGGAGAGGGCCAAGGCACUGGAGGUGGCGUCCUCUGUGCAGUCCGAGCAGGACAUGGGCUGCAGGGCCGCCGAAGUGACCGUGCUGGAGGACGGCGUCCACUCGGAAGAUGACCGAGCCGUCGAGUUCUGGAGCCUGCUGGGAGGGAGAACGAGGUGCAGAGGUGGGGGGGGACCGGAGGAGGACGAGGCCUUUGAGAGCGGGGUUGUGGAGUCCAACUGCGUGUACCGUCUGGCGGAGGACCGGCUUCUUCCUGUCGAGGAGGCCUGGGCCUCCACACCCAGCGUGGCCCUGCUCGGCUCCACGGAGGCUUUGGUGUUUGACUUUGGCGGUGAAGUGUACGUGUGGUACGGCCUGGACGUCCCCCCGCGCAACAGGAAGAUGGCGUUGCAGCUUGGCGGGCAGGUGUGGGCGGGACCCUACGACUACAGCAACUGCAAGGUCAACCCCCUGGACCCCUGUAACUGCCACCCCGAGGUGCACCGGCAGGGAGAGAGACGGCCCGGCUGGGCGCUCUUCGGCCAUCUGUCGGAGCACAACGAGACAGCUCUCUUCAAGGCGAAGUUCCUGGAUUGGCCUACUCCUGAAUGUCCCUCCGCCCAUCACUCAGAGCCACAGCCAUGCGAUGCCAAAGCCCUGCUAGCGGGUGGCAGCCAGGUGCCGCGCACCGUCCUGGAGGGCGUGGAUGUGAAUAGGGGGUGUGGCCUGGUCGCGAUGGGGGACGGCCAGCAGGGAGAGCUUAGCACGGUGGCCGUGGACGUGUGGCACGUGCGGGACUCCGAUGAGCAGCUGCUCCCACCGCAGAGCUCAGGGCAACUGUACGAGGGGGACGCGUACGCCGUCCGCUGGCGGUACGCCGUCGACGAUGUCGCAGGGAAGGCGCAGCACCCGGGGGGGUUGAUGGUCAGGGAUCCCGUCCGUGAGCGCGGCGUCUGCUUCCUGUGGCGGGGUCGGCGCUGCGCCAUCGAUGGGAGUCGAGCCUCGGCCUUCGUGACCGCAGAGCUGUGCGGCCACACGAGGGCGCAGGUGCCCGUGGUCCAAGGAAAGGAGCCCCCCUGCUUCCUUCGGCUCUUCCGGGGAGGCCUCGUCAUCCACAGGGGCAGCCGCCAGGGCGACGGCACCGAUGCUGGCUCUCUGAGGCUCUUCUGCGUGGCGGGGGAGGUGCCGGAGGAGGCCCGGCUGUUGGAGACGGAGUGCCGCUGUGCCAGCCUGCGCUCGCGAGGCUCCCUGGUGCUGUUGGCUGCCUGUGGAGGAGUGCUCUACCUCUGGCACGGGUGCAAGGCCCACGCCGGUGCCCGCGAGGUGGGCCGAGGGGCCGUGAGACGCCUCGUGGAGAACCGUCCUCCCGAGCUCGGGCUCAACGGCACCAGCGGUGUCACGGUGCAGGAAGUGGAGGAAGGGGGGGAGCCGGCCGAAUUCUGGCACGCCCUUGGCGCGAUGGACAGGAAGGCGUACGACUGCAUGCUGCAAGACCCGGGAAGGUACACCUUCACACCCCGCCUCUUCCACCUGAGCGCUCGCUUGGGGGUCUUCCAGGGGGAGGAGCUACUGAGUCCUGCCCAGAUGGAAGGUGUAGUCACAGCCAUGCCCUUCCUGCAGGAGACGCUCUACGGGGUACCGCAGCCAGCCCUCUUCCUCCUGGACAACCGCAUGGAGGUGUACCUGUGGCGGGGCCCGCAGCCGGGCGACACGGGCGGUGCCGGAUCCGCUCGCACCCGCUGGGAUGCCGAGAGGAGACGCGCCAUGGAGAUGACACUUCGGUACUGCAAAGAGAGAAACCCACGUCGCCCCCCGCAGGCCUAUCUGAUCUUCGCAGGCUCAGAGCCGCUCACCUUCACCAACAUCUUCCCCUGCUGGGAUCUGGACCCCAGGACGGAGCCGGAGGGGGAGGCGCCGCGUGGAAAAGUGAUGUUGGUGAAGGAUGCGCUGGAAAGGCUCAACGAGGCCCAGGCGCUGCCCCGUGCGGUGGACCCCCUGCGCCUGGGGAUCGGUCUCUCUGACCAGGACCUCCAGAGGGUGUCGGAGAUGAAGAGGGACGAAUUCUACUCCCUUCCGAACUCGAUGCGCACGAGGCCUGAUUUGAAAAUGGACGAAAAGUGUUUUAAUUCCAGCAUGUCAUCUUCAAAGAACUAUUUCAUUAAUGGAGAACUUGCACUUUUUUGUAUCUUUUGUUUCGCAAGAAAAGCACGUUUUAUAGUGAAACGAGGAGGUUCGGCUGUACUGUGUACUCCGCUGUUUUUAAGGGCUUCUCUGUUCAUUAAGAUGCCUCUACCGUAGUAGCUUAUUUUUGGCAAAUUUGUGUUAGUUAAGGGCUCGCAGGACUAUACGUACCCUAAAAAGAGGGGUAAACGAUUUCCAAGUAAGUAAAAUCCAGUGUAAUGCACAACAUCACAAGCAUUUUGAACAUGGAAAUUUUAGGGAAAAAAUAUAAAUUUGCUGUGCAUACAGAGCUGGGUGGUUAUUUCGUAGACACCUGUCUAGGGGAUAGGUCUGCUUGCUGUACCAUCUCAUCUCUCUGUAACGAGAAGGAAGUCCCUCCUGCUCACAUCUUGUGCUGGAGAGGAUUACCUUCUAAGUCACUGAUGUAUAUGGCUCAAAUACAAAAUUAAAAAUCAAUUGUUUUUUUUUUUUUUUCUAAGUAGCUGAUUUAUUAGAAUUAUUGUAUGCCAAUAAACAUCCAAAAAAUGAAAA